AUGGACAUUUCAGUUGUAACUUCUUCGUAUUUCUUCCUCUAUAACUUAAAAGUCAGAUUCGAAGUAUUAAAUGAUUUCUGGAAAUGUCUUCCGGAAGGGUUGGUCGCUGUUUCCGGCAAAUGGACUAGUUCCGAUGUUGCAGUUUUGAUGGAAAGUAUACGGCUGUUACACGCUGAACUAUGUGAACUAUUGAAAUUAUUCAGUUUGGGUUACGGUCCAGUACUUUUAUUCUUUUUUGUAUUCAGCUUUAUCAAUAUGCUUCUUCAUUUUUUUUUCAUGGUUUGCAUAAAUUUAUCUUCGUCAGAUUCAAAUUACACUGAAAAUGUCUUGAGAAAUUUAAUUCCAUACUUAUUGAAUGUACAAAUAGUUAUUUUUUUGAUGUCUGUCAUCGUGGCUGUAUCGCUGAUAAAUGAAAAGAAAAGAAAGAUAAUAUCAUAUUUACGACUAUAUAGUAUUUCAAACUUACCUGAAGAAAUAAAACGACAAGUUAAAAUGUUUAUGAAUCAAAUAUUGAUUUUGGAUUCGGAUGAAAUUACAGCUUUUGGAUUUUUCAAUAUAAAUUUAAAUCUUGUCAUAUCAAUACUAGUAUUGUUGAUAACUGGACUAUCUACAUUAAUACAGAUGAAAGAACAUCCCAUAAUUUUUAAGUUGAUCAAUGACACUAAAUCAUAUGCAGCCAAACAAGUGGAGAAUAUAUAA